AUGAAGGUGUCCCGCAAGCCGCCAGGUGCAGUGACGCUUACCUGCACCCAUGACGAGAUUCACUGUGAUCCCAAACACUUCUACCACAUUUUGCGUAACAGUAGAAGUGCAUUGUUCUCUGGAGAGUGGGUAACCUCUGAAAAAGUUCAUGCACGCUGGGGAGCACCUAGGCUGACUAUCACUGUUGUAGGGCGAUGGCACCCUGACCCUUUUACCAUACACCAGCUUAAUGAGGGCCUGGAGGCGGCGCAGCAAUGUUGGUGCAAUGGCAGCAUUCACUCGGAGACCAGAAUGGACGUGGCAUAUUACCCGCUUAUCAAGAAGACCAUUGACUGCUGUAAUCACGAGGGAGUGUUGAGGUUUAAUAUGGUUAUAUCAGGACUUCUGCAAGGAAACUACAAGGAUCAUUCUACAGACUUCAACGGGAUAAGAAAAAAAAAACAGAAAGCUUGGGAGGAAGUAGCUGCUGAAUUCAACCUCAGCUACCCUGCUGAACGUCCCAGGACAGUAACCCAGCUCAAACGGGCUUGGGAGUACAUACGAGUGAAGAAGAAUCACAAGAAAUUUCUUCAUGAGUCCUUCAAGACUGGUGGAGGGCCAUCACCAAAACCAGUCACAGAUGACUUCUUGGCUGUUGCAACAGAUGCACUGGCUGUGGAGCUGCAAUUUGCAGACAACCAGCUAGAUAGCUUAGUACCCAUAGUCAUAAGAGAAGAGGAAGUGGAAAUAAUUGACGACGACAUGCUUCCUGCAUGUACAAUAGCAGCAGGACCAUCGACAACACCAGCAGCAGGACCAGCAACAGCACCAGCAGCAGGACCAGCAACAGCACCAGCAGCAGGACCAGUGACAGCACCACCACCAGGACCAGCAACAGCACCAGCAGCAGGACCAGCAACAGAACCACCACCAGGACCAGCAACAGCACCACCACCAGGACCAGCUUCAGCACCACCAACAGUUACAGCAACAGCACCAGCAAUGGCACCAGCAACACCACCAGCAGGGCCAGCAACAGCACCAGGAGGAACAUCACAAACUGGACCCUCCACCCGUAGAGGCCGAAAGAGACCCCUACGCAGUGAGAGGGAGGAAUGUUUCCGCGCUAUUCGAGAAGGUGCAGAGACCUUCAAUGACGACUUGAAAGUGUCAUUGCAAAACUUCUCUGCUCUAUGUGAGAAGCUUGGCAAUCAAGCUGAAGUGGCAGCAAAUGCAUUUGCUCAGGCAAUGCAAACAUCAACAAAUGCAUUUGUUCAGACUAUGCAUAAUGUUGAUAGCACUAUGGAACAAGUACGCAAGUACUACAGCCCAGCUUCUGGGAGACCCAGCAGUCUGUAAGUAUCCUGUGUGUGUGUGUGUGUGUGUGUGUGUGUGUGUGUGUGUGUGUGGUGUGUGUGUGUGUGUGUGUCUGUGUGUGUGUGUGUGUGUGUGUGUGGUGUGUGUGUGUG